AUGCAUGAGGAUCUGGUUGAACGUAUUCGCUCUGCUAACACACCCAUAGAAAAGGACAGGAAGCAUGGAAAUAUGAAGCCUAGAAUGAGUCAGCCUAAAAGUCUGCUUGCAUUGAACAUCAUCUGUCCCCUGCUCAUUUUGUUGAUCAUCAGCGUGUUGACACGCUAUGCACUGCUCAUCUAUACCACUCUUGUGGAUCCAGUUGUUCUUGUCUUGACUGGCUUCUUCAACUUUCAGAUUUUUGGCAACUGGUUUCAGAUACUUCGUCACCGCAGUGUGCUACCACGUGGUGAUGUCAGUGGAGAUAUGGUGGCAUCGAUUAGCGGGGAAGCAUGGUGUUCACAGUGCCACAUUGUUCAGCCAGUUCGUGUGUAUCACUGCCCACUGUGCAAUCGCUGUGUUGCACGACGGGACCAUCAUUGUUUUGCUCUAGGAGUCUGCAUUGGCCAGUUCAACCAUGCUCAUUUUGUGUACUUUCUGGGACAUGCAGCUCUUUCUUGUUGCAUUUUUGCCUUUUUUGCCUUUCGCUACAUCCAUACAGUUUAUGAUCCCCCUGCUGGAGACUAUUUCUUUCCAGUGGUCCUCUAUCAUUACAUCGUAGAUGGGACUGCUGAUGGUUGUCAGUCAGUGGUGACAUUCCUCUUUAACUUUACCCUUCACCUGACUGUUUCUCUCUCAGGAUUCUGUGGUUUCAAUGUAUACUUGAUCUGCAGGAAUCGAACACAAUAUGAAUUUUCGCGUGGAAGGAAUGUGGUGCGCCCUGACCGCAGUGCAAGAGUCUUUGGACCAUAUUUCCCUCUCCAGCUUCUGAUCCCCGUUCAUUGCCCCCCUAUCAAGGCAGUGAACCUUGAAAAGAUUGUAUGA